UCUUCGUACCAGCGCUGUAUGAUUUCCCUCUAAGUGGGACACGUGUAUUUUGUAUGCGUGUCGUUUGCGCUUGAAAGUUGCCGUUUAUCGUCGCUAUAUUUGGACAAGCUAGCGUCUAUUAUGCAGCAGGGGGAGACAUUGUUGCCAAUUGACAUUCACACAAACAAGCUGCUUGACUGGCUGAUUAGUCGAAGGCACUGUAAUAAGGACUGGCAGGCAAAGGCACUCACAGUCAGAGAAAAGAUCAAUGCUGCCAUCCAGGACAUGCCUGAAGUGGAUGAGGUCACCAAUCUUCUGUCAGGAACAUAUAUCAACUACUUCCAUUGCAAGAGGAUAGUGGAGAUUUUGAAGGACACCGAAGCCAGCAGUAAAAAUAUAUUUGGAAGGUAUUCCUCACAGAGGAUGAAAGACUGGCAAGAAAUUGUGAGGCUGUAUGAGAAAGACAACAUGUAUCUAGCGGAAGCUGCACAGAUGCUGAUUCGUACGGUGAACUAUGAAGUGCCUGCCCUCAAGAGGCAGAUUGCUAAGUGCCAGCAAGUACAGCAGGAGUCGAUAAAGAAAGAAUCGGACUACACAAAGCACGCAGAGGAGCUGAAAGCCCGAUACCGCCAAGAAUGCAAGCAGCUUGGGAUACCGGGAGAAUGUGUGAAGAAAGAAUUGCUAGCACUCUUGGAUGAGCUCCCUACAGUCUUCAGUGAUGUCGUUACUCAGCUGAAAGGCUGCGACAAAGCAAUCCAGUUCUAUAAGCUGUUUCUCGAGUUUACUGUGGGAAGCGAGAAAGCUGGCCCAGUGUUGCCUUUGGCGACGUUCCUUAUUGAACAUGGUAAUGCAACAACAUACCAGUGGAAGCGUGGUGAGGCCCCCGAAGUGGUUGAAGAAACGUUACCCGUUGUCCCGGUAGACUUGGAUAACGGCAGCGGAAAUGAGGACCAGAUUGACUUUGGCGAUUUGAACCUGGAUCCUGGCGCUGCAGUUGGCAAUGGCUCACCCAAUGGCGACUUUGUGCACGUGGACUUUAACGAAGGACUGGAGCCCGUAGUGGUUCAGGAAGAUGAAAUCAAAUGGGACAUCAGUAUAGAAGAUGCUGGAAUCACAGUGGAUAGCUCAUCUGAUGACAAAGGGGCCACUGUAGACGGUGCCAAGGUUGCUCGAGGAAGUGACGCGCUUUCCAUCCUGCACAACCCUGAAACGCGUACAACCUUUCUUAACGAACUUGGGGAGUUGCAAUGCUUUUUGACUCAACGGUUGAACGAACUGAGGAUUCAAGGGGACGCUCUCGCUGCCAGCAUAGCUCAAGCAGCGCCAGACCAGGUGCAGCUGCAGACGGCUGACCGUGUGGAGGCCAUGCUGGCUCACCUCGAGGUUGUCCUGGCAGCGCUCACUUCCAAGCGCAUGCAGCACCUUUACCAGCUACAUAGUUCUCCAAAGUAUGUGGACCGUCUGGUGGGGUCGCUCCAGCAACUUCUGUAUCAAGCAGACAAAAUGGAGCAGUCACGGCGGGCUGUUCUGGUUGGGGCCGAGGAAGCCCUGGCGGAACAGAGGCAGCUUGAACCCAAGAGGGACUUAAUUCUACUGAAAACCAGGGAGCUUCAAAAACAGAUUCAAGAGGAAAUUUCAAAACGGUACAAGGACCGCCCCGUCAACAUCAUGGGAGGUAUCACGGUCAUGUGAUUGCUUGUGGCAUAGCGAGAACCAUACUGUAAGAUGCGUCGACAUGUAGCGUUGAUGAGUUACGUGCAACAUGUCGCAGCGAUUGGCGUGACUAGCAGAGCAGUGCAUUCCAGAGAACGGUGUGGCUCUUUUCGGGAAACCACCGCAGUAAACUGAAAUUGGGCGGAAUGCCAGUGUGCAUUUUGUAAUAUAUAACCAACCGUGCGAUUAAAUUAUUCGCGGCAGUGCUGGAGAAAGGCAAUGGGCAGAGUUGUGAGGUCCGUAAAUGAUUUGUGUACAUAUUCUUUUAGAUUGAAAAAUGUAGGACAGAUCUUUGCUAAGAAAGAUAUAUUACCUUCCUUGUUGAGUGCACUAAAUGGUAUUCUGUAGAGACGUGAAGUCUUGUCCAUUCACAACUUUUUUUGAAGAGAAAGAAGUCUGAGAGGAAAGCUAGGGUAAGGAGCAUUUGAAACAAAAUAAAUAAAAACAAACAUGCCUUUUUGUCCCCAUUGUGAGAAGAAGUGACAGCGAUAGCUGUGUCAUCCUUGUCCGGAUCACGACCUACUACAGGUUUUCCCAGCGAUUUUAAUCCGCGUGCCAGCUAAAUUAAUCCAUGCCCCAUCAAGUUUGCAUGGCACAUGGAUUAAUUUCGAUGGCACUCGGAUUAAAAUCGGCGGGAAAACCUGUAGAUUAUAAUGACCAUGUCAUGUUCGGUAACCCCUAUGAGGAGCCCAUCCGCACGAUCCGCUAGGGGCGCUACACAUCGGCCCGCGAGAUUUACAUCACGAUUGGACAAUGAAAAUUUGAAUUUUGAACGCGCAUAAGCGGAAGUACGACUACCGUAGCAGACGACAGCAACAGCUCCUAUGAAAAAGCGUAGAAUGAUGAUGAUGAUAUUCAACAUUAGAAUGAAACAUAUUCUGUGGGACAUCCACCACUUGUACAAGAAUACUAAGGCAAGCUGAAGUACAAAAUAUCGUAGAAGUUGAGGAAGCAAUAACCGGGCGGAUGAGUAGCGCCACCGCUAGUUUCCAGAUGCGGAGCUGGGAAGGGGUGUCUAUGACACGGUCGUUAUAAUCUGCAGAUUUUCCCGGCGAUUUUAAUCCAAGUUCCAGCUAAAUUAAUCCAUGCCCCAAAAUGUUUGCGUGGCACGUGGAUUAAUUUCGAUGGCGCUUGGAUUAAAAUCACCGGGAAAACCUGUAGUAGGUACUGGUGCGGAUUACGUAUUUCCCUCUUCCUGCACUGCAGUUGACUGCAGCGCCGGCCAAUGGCAUGUGGUGUGAUGUCAUGUGUGCGUGACUUUCAUUGUAUGUGUGUCAUGUCUUCCGUCAUGCUGGGUCUUCUAAGGGCAGUGCAAUAGGAAAGAAUGCCAGCGGAACGUGAGUUUUUGCCAUUGAUUAUGAAUUCGGAGUGCCCGAUAAUUCGGACUGAUUCUGUGACUCCCGGAAGAUUAAAAAACCUGUCAGUGACUCUACAAUGGAAAUGUAGGAAGAUUAAGUUGAAUGAAAGCAAAUAAAUUUCUUAAACCAAGACA